AUGCAUAAUUCACUUUGCCAUAAUAAAUUUGAAACCCAAUGGAAUGCACUUAUCAAUAAAUAUCCAGAUUGUAAAAACUAUUUUAUAAGAACUUUAUAUUCUUGUAAGAGUAGUUGGGCCAGUUACGUGAUCAAUAGAAAUUUCACCACUGGAAUUCAAAGCACACAGCGAGUAGAAGUGUGCAAUAAAGUAAUCAAGGACAGGCUGACCAGAUCUUCACGUUUAGCCGAGGUUGUUAAAGAAAUUCAAAAAACCUUUAAUAAUCAGUCAAAAAAGGCAAUGUUAAGUGAAUAUAAAAAUGAAAUUCUGACAAGAGGAAUGCCAAAUAUAAUAGAUGAAUACUUUUCUGAGCUAGAUAAAAUUUUACAAGAAUAUUUAACACCACAAAUUCUUCAAAAACAGCAUGAUCAAAUGGUGCACUCACUAUGCUAUGAUGUGUUUUUAUAUAAUGUUUGGCAAUCACUUCUGGAGAUAAUGGACAAUUCUUAUCAACAAAAUAUGGCUAGAGAAGAUGAUUAUAAUCAAUCACAAUCGCUAUUUUCAUCAUUGCUAAAAACAAUACCUCAUAAUUCAGUUAAAGAAGUGUGGAAUGUAAUUAGGCAUAGUGUACAAAACUCAGAACCACAGCAUAUAAUUCUCCUUAAUGACGGCUCACAUUUAUGUACUUGCCUUUUGCUAAUCAAUAAAGGAAUAGUGUGCCAACACUUUUUUUGUGUUAUGUCUUACUCAACUAAUGUGUAUUUUCAUAUUUCGUUAAUACCUCAUUGCUGGUACAAUAACAACAAAUAUAAUAUUAGUCAAGAGAAUAUACUGACUUACCAAUUCGUUAGAGAAGAAUCAGAACUACCUUUACUCAAACUGUUGACAUUUCAGCAUUUAGUAGAAUUUAAACAAACACAUAUUGAACAGCUACAAGGACCUAAACAAAAGUAUAGAUUCGAAAUGAGUUAUGCCAAAAAAGCUCUUGAUCUUGCAAUUAGAGCUAACAGAGUCGAAGAAUUUGUUAGUCACUUGAAAAAUUUCAUUGAGGUGACAAAAAAUGAUUUGUUUGACACACAAGACAAUACUAAUUUUAUAAGCAUCGAAGAUCCUUUACAUGUACCACAUAAAGGGCAACAACCAAAUAGAUAUAAAUCCAGUGGUGAACCUUCAAAAAAAGCUCGACGUAUUGUUCAAAGUACUGAUUAG